CGGAGGCUGGGGCGUUGCUGCCACCAGUGGGCGGGGCAGCGGGGCAGCGGGGCGGGGGCACCCUCACCUGUCCGUGUGUGGGGAUCAGCCUGGGCUCCGUGGCCUCCGCUUGCACCGGACGUGGACCCAGGCUACCGGUGGGCAAGAUAGAGGACUGAGCCCAGGCACGCACGGCUGGCCAGGUGGGAUCCCCACCCCCGCUCAGCCUUCUUUCUGCAUGGAUGCUGAAGGACCAGGCUCACUUGAAGUUCUGAGUUUGAGCAGUAAGGUGGAAACAAAGAAACCAAUGGAAACAAAGAAACAAGUCAUUGUGGCAAAGCUCCCCACCACAGAGAAGCUGCCCUGAGUGGAAGGGAGGGUGUGGGCAUGCCCAUUUGUUUCGUGUCUCCCAGUGCUCUUCGCUUUCUUAUUGCAGACCUGCAUGGUUACAACAAAAUGAUCUGCAAAACUGAAAAUAUUUACUCUCUGGCUUUUACAGAAAAGGCUGACCAGCCUCUGGUUCCCGUACCGGUCAACUGAUUGGAGUACCUUUCCAGUUUGGAAACAUCUGGGCAGGCCCAGGUUUGCAAAAUUCUUUAAGAGUAGUUAUGGAGUUUUGCUUCUAAACAUUUUUAUGGCUGUAUACUUCUGAGCUGAGGUUGUGCUGUGUAAUUCUGAGCCGGGAUUUUCUCAAACUGUUUCUUAUUUCUUAUACCGGACACCCCUAAAUUCCAAGGGGAAUGGGAUGUUAAGGAAGCCAUGGAGUUUAGGAAAAAGAUACAGAUUUCAUUUCCAUUUAAGCAUCGAUGUAUCUCCAUCCUAGGCAGUAUCGGUUCUGUGGUAUUGAUAGGGGAACUAAAUAGCAACCAAAUUUAUAGAAAAUAGUGGGUCAUUGGGUACACAAGUUCUUCUUUUCAACAUUUUUGUAGUGUUUGCAGUUUAAGAUGACCGUUCCUGAGAAACAGGCAGCCUCUUAGAAUGAAAUAGCAUUUUCCCUGAACCAUACUCAAUUUUUAUUUCGUAGACAGCAGGAAGGGCAAUCACACAUCCAACACUUGGGGACCUCAAAGAUAAAACGUAACUUUCUGGGAGCACACUCCCCCCGUCUCCCUCUGCUCUUUUCACUGUCCCAUUGUCCCUGAAGGCUCUUUUGUAUCUUCUGCUCAUGACUCCAGUAACUCUUCCUUCUCGUCCCUCAGCUGGUAAGUUUACUUUUCUACUUUGACCAAGCAAACUGAAGCCAACAGAAGAGAACUUUCACCAGCAACUCCCAGCACAUCCGCUCGCCUUCUGAUGUCUGUGACCUCACUCUCGCUGCCCCACCUCUUAUUACAGAUUGAACAGGAUCCAGGGGGAAGUACCAAGCCUGUCCCAUCGGCCAUCCUGUGUGUCAUGUCCUGUGACCCAGAGGAUGCUCAGCACCCUCCAGCUGAAGAAACAGAUUGCCUUAGGUACAUGAAAGGUGAGGACACCUACUAUCCCCAUGGAGCGCAGGUGGGGCUGGGAGUCUGCUGUUUGUACAGCCGGUGGGCUCGUGUUGCUUUGGGCAUCCCUGUGCCUGAAUUCCUGCAGUACACUCGGUGCCUGUUUCCUAAUCUGCAAAACUGGAAUGAUGUUAACCAUCCCGCAGUGCAUUCCAUGGUGCAUCCUCGCCUAGAAUUGAGUGGAAGCAAGUCCAUCUCAGAAGGGACAUACCUGAAGAGAAAUGGCUUUCCAGACUCUGAAGGGCAGAGAAAGCACCAGCCUGGGUUAGAGAAAGAGAACAGCAUCUCUGAGCCCGUCCUGGGUGACCUCACAGAGAUCACCCUAGUGGCCCAGGCUAGUGACCGGGAACAUGUACCUUCCUGCAGCCAACCCCAGACGUCCACUGAUGCAUCAUAUACUGGCAAAGAUCCUGGCCUGGGGGGGUGUUGGCCGCCGGAGAUUCGCCAGAUGUUGGACUCCAGGGGCGGCUUCUGCUGCCGUAGAGGCGGGACGCCGGUCUCCAGGUGAGCUUGGUCCUGGGAGGCGGCGGCGGCGGCGGCGGCUGUGGGUUGGGGUCCAUUCCAGGGAGCUGCUCCAUUUCUUCUCUCCCCCGCGGCCUGGCCUGGGGGCGACCUCUGCCGCCAGAGAUUUGCCUGAGGUCCGACUCCAGGUGAGCUUGCUCCUGGGAGAUGGGUGCGGUGCAGUCAGGGGGCUGGGAUGGUGGUGGCUGCGGGGAUAGGGAGGCUGCCCCGGGGGAGCUUGAGGAUUAGCUCCCAUGUCUGUGCCGCGUGGCCUGCAGGCGGCCUCUGCUGCGCCAGGUCCUGGGACAACCCUUUCCCACUUUGCCUGCUGGGGGCGGGAGGCAGGGUAGUCAGGGUGCACGGGUGGCGGGGGUCGGGGGCCUGCAGCGGGGGAGCGGGCACAUUUGCUCCCAUCUUCCCCGCGGCUUGUCCUGGGGGCGGUGUCUCUUGCCCUGGGUUAAGAGACACGUGUAUCCUAGUCAGCCUGGCCCCAGGAGGCGGGCGUGUUACGUUGGGGGUGGUGGCAGCAGCGGCAGGUUUUCCCAUGGAGCCGGUCCAUUUGCUCCCAUUUCUCCCCGUGGUUUGCCCUGGGGGCGGUCCCUGUUGUCCCUAGUUCGCCGGACGUCCAUCUCCAGGUCAGCCUGCUCCCUAGAGGCGGCCACCGUGAGCUUAACCACCGGAAGUGGGCAGGAUGUGCUGAGGGGGCGGAGGCAGCCGCCAAGGCAGCGACGGAGGGGGCUGUCCCUGGCCAGCCGGUCAAUUUGUUCCCAUCUCAACAUUUGCUGUCCCAGUUUCGCAGGACGCCCUUCUCCAGUUUAUCCUUCUCCUGGGAGGUGACAUUUUAGGUUAUUGGGUCCCAGAUUGCUGGCACACUCAUCCCUGUUCUCAAACAUCUUUUAAACUUGGGUGAAGUGUUAAGUUGGGGAAGAAGAUGAUUUACUGAAAGUCUCCCGAGAAGAGAUUCAGACUGAACAGCUUUGUGUCGGACUUUGGAAGACCGCUGGUGCCCAAGGGGUUCUCUGGCAGCACAAUGACGAAUCUAGGUCCCUCUUUCACUGCUACGUCAAUGAAGUGGACCGCAUGGACAAGGCCAAAGCUGGUAUCCCAACCAUAGCCCUUGACAGUGAUGUUCGGCUCCAGGAAGCCAUCAGAUGCAGCAGGUGGCCAGAGAAGGAGCCUAACGGGCUCAUGAAAUGUGACACCCCCAGCUUCAUCAACACGGACCAGAACUCUUCCUUUGGGGAAGAUGAUCUCCUGAUUUUGGAACCACCGAUUGUUCUAGAAAAUAAGCCAGUUGCCCAGACCUCACACAAAGACUUGAAUUGGAAAUGUGCUUUGUCAAGUGUUUCUCUGAAGAUGUGAAGUCUGUCUUUGUAUGGCAGGAAGUCCCCUUUCACAAAAUUGUAUGUGUUUGUGUCUGAGAGAGAGAAAUGGAGACAGACAGAAAGACGGAGACAGAAGAGAGCCCCCUCAGAAGAGAGCUAGUUAAGCACCCCAGACUGACGAAGACAGUGGAGAAUGCCUCUGAGUUUGGCACUGAUUGCCUGGAGAAUGCUGAAACCCAGGGAAGUGGGCAGCACAGACGUUUACUCAUUUAAUCCUGCCAACACAGUAGGAGAUAGAGUCUACAUAUUCCUCGCUACUUAAAAGAUCCCUGCCUUCUCUCUGCUCCUCCUGUCCAUGUCUCUCCCUCCACUUUUCCCCUUCUCCCCUCCUCCUCCCAUCUUCUCCGUCCCUCCCUUCCCCAACUUCUCUUGCAGAACACAGAGAGGAUCGCUGGCCCUCCUGCGCAUGCGCAGUGUGUGCCAGCUGGACCGAGGGUUGGAAGCUGCAACUCCGAGCCGGGGAUCGGCCCCAAAGGCUUCUCAGCUCUUUCGCCCGCUCAGUGGUGUGGGCGCUGCUCCCCGGGCUGAGAGCCUCCGGCUGUGAACCCCAGCUUCUCCUGUUGGAGUCGGGAAAAGGGAGCGUCAGUGCUGAGCGAGCUUCCGUCUCCUCCCUCAGUGUUUCUGCCCCAGUACGUUUUGGUUACUGAGACCCUCGAAUUCCCAUAUGAAUUGUAGCAGCAGCUAGUCAGUUUCUGCAGAGGAGACCGCAGGGAUUGUGAUCGAGACCACGUUGAAUAUACGGAUCGUUCUGGGGAGCACUGCCAUUCCAAAAGCGCUGUCUUCUGAUCCAGCAAUGUGCGUGGUUUGUCCAGGUGAUAAUGCUCUGGCUGCUGAAUGUGCCCUUUCCCCAGACUUGGUUUUGGAGUUAAGUCACCAUCAGUGGAGCCCUCUCUUUAAAAGAUGAAGAAAACAUUUGCUCCUUCUCCCUGGUUGGGGACUUGGAUGAGAUGAGGUGCCCUCACCUCCCGUAGCAUCCAUCCAGACACCGGAACUGACACUGGCCGUGCUCCGAACUGCCUCAGCCCUGAAGACACAACUGACAAAUAGAAGGGGACCACGCCCUGUUACAGCAGGUGCUCUCACUUUGUGGAUCCUUAUGUAACUGAGCGGUGUUAAUCAGGAUUGCCCGUUCUACAUUGUGUGGCGCUGCUGCGGUGUCUCCUAGUUACUUGUUUCUCUCGCUUUAUUCACUCAGGGGUAUAUCAUGGACGUCCUCCCACUCCAGACUCACCCGUCCCUUUCAGAUAGAUUGGAGGGGUCUCCUGAUGUGCGGGUGUCGUCUCUUGUCCACGGAAACAUUUGGUGGGAGACUGCUGUGGACAAGGCCCUGGACCACGGCGAAACGCCGGCUCCCACAGCGCCCGCAGCUCGCCUUGAUUUACCGCAUCAUUGUCUUGAUGGUGGACAGUUAAGUUUUCUCCAUUUUCCACUGUCAGAAAGAAUGUUUGAGUUGCAUCCUUCUUGUACAGAACUUCCUGUGAUCUUGUAUGUGUAUUCCUUUAGUUAAGGCUUCUGGAAAUUUAGUCCCUGGAUGUGACAUUUACAUUCAUCACAGACUCCUUUCAAGUGACUAGAAAUUCCUUCUCCAUUGGGGAAUGAAAAAAUGCACAAUUACUUAUGUAACCAAUUCUCUAUCGCUGGAUAUGAUUUCACUUCAGUUUUUCUUCCCACCUUUGUAAACAGUGCUGUGUAAAUGCCCUGAUGGGUACAUCUUUUUGGACUGAUUUUUUUUUCCUAAAGGAAACGAUUCCUAGAAGUGGAGUUGAGUCAGUGUGUAUGUACGUUUUUCAGAGCUUACAAAUCCAUUGAUAUGUCAUCCUCUGAAAAAGUCGCUCAUGAUUUGUUCUCCCACAGAUGGACACUAGCUAGAUUAUCUUAAAAAUAUUUGCCAAUAUGAUAAGCAAAAGUGCUUUUUCAUUGUUUUUUUUGCAUUUGAUGACCAGUGAAGUUUUGAGCAUUUUUCACUCAUUAGUCAUUUGACUUUUUUAAAAUGAAUGAUUCCUUUUGUCCUUUGCCCACAUUUAAGUGAGGGAGCUUCUUGUUGCUUUGUGACAGCUUUUUGUAUGUUAUGAAAAUUAACUUCGUGAAUUCAUCAACAUGUAUCACAGAGCUUUUUCUUGUCAUUUCUUUCCUUUCAUUUUGUUCAGGAAGUUUUCUGAUUUUUGUUGUGGCUCAAACUAUUCUUAGGAUAGUAAAUGUCUUCCUUAUGGGUUUUAUCUUUGACAUUAUUCUUAGAAAUACUCUCUUAUAAUGGAAUAAAUCUCUUCUGUAGGUUUUUUUUAAUCUCUAAGAUGGAGAUUAUAAUAGUACAUGUUAUAGUGAGGAGAAGUUGAGUUAAUAAGAGCAAAGAGUUGUAUUUGCUGUUACUAGUACUUUUUAAUAUUUACAUCGCUAUCUGCAAUUUAUCUUGUGGUCAUUAUGACAGGAGUAGAAUUUAUUCUUUCCAGGUGAUUCUCUGUCCCAGGACAAUUAUCGAAUUCAUAAUUUUCUCUUUGAUUUGAAAUCCCACCUGUACAAAAUACUUACAUACACUAGAGUCUUUUUUGAGCUCAUGGUUCCCUUCUGUCAAUCUCCUUUCCUUACUCCAGCACCAUAUCUUACAUGUUGUAAAAAUUUAUUUAAUAACUGGCAGUCUGAUUUUUUUUGAUUCUUUUCUUCCAUCCCAAAUUUUCUUGUCAAGUAUUAUGACUUUAUUAUUCCUGAAGAAUUCCAAAAUAUUUUGUUCAAGUUAAAAAAAAUCAGAUUGGAAUUUUCAUGGGAUUUUUUAGUAAGUUUUGAAUUAUUCUUAGGAGAACUUACAUCUUUACAAAACUGCUUUUCUCCAUGCAAUAUGUUUAUGUCUCUACAUUCAUACCUCUUACUUUAACCCUCAGUACAGUCCUGAAGUUUCUCCAUUUAGAAUAUGGGCAUUAUUUUUGAAUUUAUUCCAGAUUAUUGUUUAUGUUUUUGUUAAUUUUGUAAGUGAGAAUUUUUUGCUAUUAUAUUUUUAAAUGUUUAAAACUGACAUUUAGAAAGGAAGAUUCGGUUUGUCAAUACUCACUUUGUAACUUGUCAUUUAAAAUUGUAAGUAUUAAGUACUUGUUCCAGAAUCCUUUCUUUUCUGUUUUUUAAAAUUUGUUUCCAAGAUUCUCAAAAUGUUCAUAGCUAAGUAGUAUAGGUGGGGACACAGAUGGAGAGAGGAAGUGUGGCUCACGAACAAACUGUGAGCACUUUCAUGGCUGCCUUUAGGCUGGAGAAGCCACAGAAGAGCCCAGGUUAGACCAAGGGUGGCUUUGUAUGCACUUGAAAGCCAGCUUUCCUGCCUGUAUGGUGAAGCCUGGUGGGCGUGGCAGGUAGAUGAUCAAGGUCUGAUCAAGGUCAUUGGCUGCACAGAGCACUGUGUCUGUGAGAACUGGAGACCAUUACCAUGGGAAAUGCUUGGCGCCAGGAACACUGCAGGGGAGCUGGGGAGCCUGUGUGUUAAGGAUUUUCCAGCCCUGGGAGUGGGAAGAUGAGACUCUGCAUUCAGAUCUGAGUUUGAAUUCAUCCUCUCUUGUUUACUGGUCCUCUGACUUUUGUCAAGUUAUCUACCCGCUUUGAACUCCUGUUUUCUUGUCUCUCAAAACAGGAGAAUUACAGCCUGCUGCUAGAGUGUUUGAUCAGGGUAAAUGAUUUGUGUCUAUAAGAUGCCACGUACAGUCACAAUCUCAGUGAGAAAUGGGCUGUCGCCUCUUCUUCUGCAACUCAGUGCUCGAUAAGACAUCGGGGGAAAGCCAGUCCCUAAUUUGUAUGUGAUGCAAUGAGGAACAAAAUUAACGUCUUGCCUUUCCCUAGCAGGAUUCUUAUUUCUUUGCUUCAUUUACCUCUUUCCUCCUUUACUCUCCCCUUUCACCUCCUCCACCAAAAGAGACUGAGUCUGUCUCAGAACACUACAUUCAAAUUACUUUAAAUGUUGGCUCAUCCCCAUGAAAUUACAGUGAAAUUAAAAAUAAUCUGUACACGUCCCAGACAUGUAUAUAUUUGAUUUACACACACACACACACACACACACACACACACACACAAUCAGGCUACCUCCCAUUUGCUGAGGGAGAAGGACCACUUUUUCUGAGUUUUCAUUCACUGAGCGUGAGAGCAAAGUCUCUUAAGCAGAAAUUCGCCUGGCUUCUUGCAUGGUUUUUUAAAUUGGAUUUCUGCUUUGUGUCCACAGAAAUAGACUCCUAUUAGAAGAGGGGAAGUGGAGACAUAGAUAUUCUGCUGAGAUAUUGGUGUCAUCAUAUUUGAGUUGGAAAGGACUUACGACAGCAUAGAGUCGUACCUUUUUAUGGGUGAGAAUCCAUGAUAGUGUAACUUGGACAAGAACCCGGGUCUUCUGUCUUCAUGUCCACGCGGAUGAAGAGGCAACUGGGUGGGGGAUGGCAGGGAUCCUUACUUGAGUUCCGGGGUCUUGCUAGUUUCCAUUGUUCAGCUGCCUUUAGUUUAUGUCCAUGUGGCCUCUCAUGGGAAGGUCACUCUAUCCUGAUAGAUUGAGUUUCUAAUCAGCAAAAAGGUCUGGACCCACUCAUGUUUCCCAGAGAUUUUCUGCUGACCUGCUGACAGUUUAUAUACAUGAGAUCUUAGAAACUGCUGGAUAUAAAAUCCUUAUUGUUAUCAUUUGCCCUCGAGUUCCACAGGAAUGGGGUGCUGUCUCAGGCUGUCUAAGGCCAGCUCUGAACAAAGAUAGGGUGAUAGGCUGUGCAGCUGGACACUCCCCAGUCGAAUGGGAUUUCCACCUUAGUUUUUAGAAUCAGGCAGAUGAGUUCAAAUCUUACCUUUACCAGUUAUUAGCUUUGUGACCUUGAGGAAGAAACUUUACUUUUUUGGGGACAAAUUUUCUUUAUCCGUAAAUAAGUUCAGUAUUUAUUUUAGGGUUUUUGUUUUAGAAUUGAAUGAGCUAAUUCCCUCAUUUAUUCCUAAAAUACUGAUCACAUGGUUCUAUGCUGGUGACCUAGUGGUUGAUUACUAAGGGACUCAGUAGUGAGAAUGUGGGUGAGGCUCCCUGGAUAAUAGAGCUUAUAUUCCAUGAUAUGCUUGUAAAAGACUGGAUUGCAGUGGAUUUUUAGUAAAUGUCCAUUCUUUUCCUAAUCCCCAUUGAUUGUGUAUAUAUCUUUAUACUAAUAUAUGAACAAUUUUUUAUUGCAAUAUAAGUCUUUUUGUAGUAUUUAAAGUAUGUAGCUAUAACAAAAAUACGUGAAAUAAAAUGAUUUGACUUUUA